AUCCACAUCUAUAAAACUCCCAUCCCGCUCCAAACCAAAGUCGAGAGCCCAAAAAACCAAAACCACCACAACUCCCCGGCUCUCCACUUCCAUCUUCUUGAUCAACCCACCGAUCUUCAACCCAAACCCACCCACCCACCCACCCACCAUGGACCCAGAAACCGAACCCACAGACCAAACCACAACAACAAGAAUCCUAGAGAUCAACUUGAUCUCAGCCCAAUCCCUCAAAAUCCCCAAACCCCUCAAACCCCACCGUAUGCACACCUACACUAUCGCAUGGGUCGACCCCAAAUCCAAACUCCGAAGCCACCUCGACCGGGUCGGCUCCGAAAACCCGACAUGGAACGAAAAAUUCAUCUUCCGUGUUUCACCAAGCUUCAUCUACGGUGACACGUCAGCAGUCCAGUUCCAGAUCUACGCUUGUGGAUUCAUCAAAGAUUACUUAAUCGGUAACGUACGGUUUCUGUUGAGCAGCAGUUCGUUGGUUAGUUCGAAAACCGGUGCGGUUGUUGGAACUCCGGCGUUCUCUGCGUUACAUAUCCGGCGACCGUCCGGGAGGAUUCACGGCGUGCUUAAUAUUGCGGCGACUGUUUACGAGUGUUCGGAUUUCGCGGCGUUUAAUGGAAUGUCUGCUGUGUGUUUUCAUGAUUUUGUCGGUGAGAAAUCGAAAUCGAGCGGUUUGAGUUAUCGCCGCCGUGAGCAGCGGCGGCUGUCGUGGCGGUUAUCGCCGUCGUAUCUCAGCCGUGUGAGUUCGAAGAAGAGUGAACAGUCGUCGUCUGGAGCGGAGUCUAGCGAUUGUUUGAUCGGAGAUGAGUCAACGGCGUCGUCUCCGGCGGCGGUUAAGGAGUCGGUUGAGAAAGUGGCGGGAAAGAAAGGGUGGAGAUCGGACGGUAGGGGGUUGUUGUGUGGGCUGAUGUGGCAAAGGGAAUUUAAAUUGUGUCCGUUGGAUCGGGAUCUGGUGACGUCAGGUGGAUCUGACGGUAAGGAAGAUGUAAAGGGGGGUUUGAACGGCUGUGAUCUGAUGUGAGUCGUUAGUUACUGUAUGUUAGUUAUAUGUAAGAAGAAAGAUGUAAAAGAAAUACAAAUUCUUUUUGUCAAAUUGUUGAUUAUCAAAAUUUUAAAAUGAGGUUUGAUUGGUGUG